UUGUUUUGAUGUUUUCACGUCGCUUGGUUUGGUUUGUAGUCUGUUAUCUGACUAAAGUGUUUUGUAGACUCUACAGAUACGCUUUGUAAUUAGAGACGCUGACUUAAUAGUGCUAAACUCUCAUGUUUGGUUUAACUGAUCAUCUAUCGAGAAGAUAUGGUGCAUGUUUGGUACUUUCAGCACAUGAUUUUAUUAUCAUUGUUUUUGCCUCACCACUCAUCUUUGUUCUUUGAUAUGUAUUCAUAUAUCCCCUAUGUUUUGCUGAUCUUACUCGGUUUCGACAGAUUAUCGUCCUUAGUGACCAGAGAGAACAAACUUUUGAAUCCUAUGAGUCUGUGUAUGCGGAAUAAAGGCCAUGGAGCCAGCCACCCUGCAGAGCCUCCGAGUACUGUUCCAGAGCAAUGACUACAUUGUGGUGGACAAACACUGGGAUAUUCGGAUUGACAGCAAGAUGUGGUACGAGAAGCAGACGGUCCAGGCUCAGCUGCGGCAUCGCUUCCCUGAGCUCGCUGACCCCACAACGUACUACGGCUUCAGGUUCUGUCAUCAGCUGGACUUCUCCACCAGCGGGGCCCUCUGUGUGGCUUUGAAUAAGGCAGCUGCAGGCCGAGCCUUCCGCUGCUUUAAAGACCGCACUGUCACCAAAGUCUACGUCGCCUUGAUCCGUGGCUGGGUCGACAAGGAAACACAAACCGUGGACUUUUCCAUUGGCAAGAACUCCACUGAGGGCAAAACUCACAUGAUGUGUGUUGGAGACACAGAGGGUUGUGAAAACCCCAAACCAUGCCAGACGGAGCUGACUGUGCUGGAGUAUGGCUUGUAUGACAGCAGUGCUGUAACUAAAGUUCUCCUAGAGCCCCUCACUGGUCGCACUCACCAGUUACGAGUCCACUGCAGCGCUCUGGGUCACCCAAUCGUUGGCGAUUUCACCUACAGCUGUGGAGCUGACGAUGCACCGUACCGCAUGAUGCUGCACGCUCACCUGCUUCACCUUCCUCUGGAGCCAGAACCUCUGCUGGUCUGUGCUGGGGACCCUUUCCUCCCCUCUGUGGACCCCAAGUGGCUUCCACAGCGAUCUGUACGGACUCUGAAAGAGACGGUGGAUGCCGUGUUGAAACGAAAGGCGGAGGAGCAGCGAGGACAGAGAGAACAGGAGGAAGAAGCCUCACGCAGACGAGAGGAGAAGAUAAAAGAGCAGAGGAAUAAAGCUGUGGAUGAAACAGACCAGACCCAGUGUCAGGAAUGGCUGAGUGAAUGGAGUGGAGACUGAUAAAAGGGAUUUGGUCUUAAAAGUGCUAUUUUAAUUUGCAUUUCUGUGGAAGUGAAAUAAUUCAAAAUGUGCUGCUGUGUGCUUUUUAUUCAGACGAUAUGUCAUUAAAGUUAUU